AUUAUCAUGGCGGAGGACGAAGAUGGUGUUUCGAAUAAAAAAUCGUCUCAAAAUUCAAAUAAUGAAGGUCCCUCGCAAGACAAUGAGCAGAAUACGACGAAACCAGACCUAGGCAUCGAAGAGGCAAAGUAUAAUAGCAACGAAAACGGCGACACGUCGCCUAGCGAGCCAAAAUGUUCAACGUCCAAAUCAACUGGCGCCACGCGGAAGGAUGAGAACCCGUUUUCGUUCCGGCAUUUCUUGAAGCGGGACCUGUCGUUACCUGGCAACUCAACGUACGAAAACACGGGGGCUCGGCCCAAAGUUUACGCGAACACAGUUCAACAUUCGCCCACGAAACUAGACAUUCACACGGAGUCGAGGCGGGAGCGAGCCCGCGCCGGCGUCUCGGGCGAGUCUCAAGCCAAAGAAAAAAGUAACGAGGGCAGCAGCCACCGUAUAAGUGAUAACACGUCUUCGAGUAGUUCAGUAGAGAUACCGUUUAGUGUAGUGGACAAUAGCGAGUCUAAGCAUAAUCUGUAUGCGGACAGUUCUGAUGUGCCGUUUUAUCAUAGGCCAAACUUGGCAUCGGAGCCGCUCGGCAUGCCGUCUCUCCCAGAUUUCGUUCAGGACCAUAUUCUAGUGGAGCAGGCAUAUUUGAACUCUAAUGGACCUAUAUCAGUUGAUUUGGACAAUUUGCCGGACUUUACCUUUAAUACUAAUUAUAAUGUGGGAUCGUGUUCGGUGGGGAGGCGUAAUAAUAGUGAUAGAUAUGGAGGCAAUAGAGGAUAUGACUAUGAAGCGUACAUGGGUGCGGCGUCAUCGUCGAGUGGUUUCGCGGGAGAGGAGCGGAACAUCCCGCUGGACCUGCCGGCGGGCGCGGAGGCCGCGGGCCCAUCCAUGGACCCUCCGGCACACCUCAGCCUCGACCUCACAGAGUCUGUGAACCCCGCAGACCGGAGGAACAUGUCUCCCAGAAAUAACUUCCCGUUGGAUCUGCCUACAAAUGCAGGUGCAGAGGCGAUGCGGCUGCCUGACUUCCUGCCGGUGCACCCGGGCCGCACGUCGCCGGAGCCCGACCACCCCGACCAGCAGUUACAUCUCAUCAUGGCUGAGCUUGAACGGACUAGGUCGGAGCUGUUCUCGGAGCGCAGCCGGCGCUCGCGGCUGGAGGACGAGGUGUCGACGCUGCGCAGCGCGGAGUCCUCGCUGCGGGCGGCGGCGGCCGCGCGCCUGGAGGCCGGCCGCCGCCGCCCGCGCCGGGACGACGACGCGGCGCCCGAUAGCGCCACAGCGACAGACACGGAUUCGACUGUGGCAAAACUUAAAAAAGAAAUCAAAAAAUUAAAGGAGGAGCUGGCGGCGUCGCAGGCGGAGGUCCGUUCCCUGCGCGGGCUGCAGACCAACGCGGCCACCGACCUGAGGCACGCCACGUCCGUCGCCGAGACCUCGCUCAGAGACCUCUUGGCCGGCCUAGAGCGACUGCGGUCUCUCAGCUCCACUCUAGACCCCACAUGAUAGACCCCCGCACUAUAUACAAGCAAGUAUAUUAUACACAACUCUACAAGGCAUUGCCCUCUACCUAAAUACCUUGUCGUUUCAUUCUAUGUAGAACAUUUUAUGUUUUUUCUAUGGUCAGAGAUAUUUUUUUUUACCAGACUCUUAACUAAUAAUAUACCACCCAUAUACGUCCUUCUGGGUACAAAGCCUCUCCAUAAUCAACCGGAGGGGGUAUGGAGCAUACUUCACGUAUUUUAUUCUAUUCCGUGGUCGGACAUUCGGACAAUUCCAGUCCAUCACCAUAGAAUAAGGAAUAAUACUACGUAUAGAACGGCAACUCUCCACCAGCGGUUGAGCUAAGUUUACCUCACCCUCUCAGUCUUACUUUAGUCUUGAUAUGGGCGUCAGACGUCAGGCACAGAUGCGCGUGUACGAUAACGUCAAUGUCUGUAAAACGAGGUUUUUUGUAUUAAGUGUCCUGGCUGUGGUGUUAUGUCACAACGACCAUAAGUGUUGCCAGUCCCGAAACCAAAGUCGGGAGUCAAAAA